CACAACAUUUCAGCGGUGGAGACAAUAAGUAAAAAAAAAAACCAAUUUAAAAAAAGUCUUACUACUAAACAGAAAAGCAUAUUACUGUUUCAUUGGUUUUGUUUCUCCCUUCUUCAUCGUUUCACCACCGCUUCUUCUGUUCUUCUGUUUCUUUUCUCUGUUUUUACGAGAAAACUCUGUGUCUUCACCAAAUCCAAAACGAUUUCCUCUUUCUUUAUUUUUACUUCUUGUAGAGACAUAAAAAGAAACAGAGCUCUUCUGUAACCCCCCUUCCAUUAAUUAAAGAAAAGACUCAAAAUGAGUAUUUGAUAUUGUGCUCGUCGGUUCGUUAAAAAAAAUGGCAUCUUCUCAGGUGGAGAUUCCGUCUCCGUCUCAAAGCUUCGGCUUUAUCCUUAGAGAUCGUAAUCAAAACCGCGUCGUUUACAAGAAAGCUCAGGUGAAAGACAACCAUCAUCACGAGAACCUGGUCGAUUCUUGGAUCCAGGCACUUAAUAAAAAGAAGGAUGUUAUUGCUACUAGGUCAACAGAGAAGAAGCCAGCUGUUCUAAAAUCAUCCCCGGUGGAAACUGUGAAGGAGAUCAAACCCGACGAAUCGAACAAAAACAACGGAGCUUCUUCUCUUGUACAGAUAUGGGAGGCGAGGUUGCUGAACCGAACCAGCGGUGGGAACUCCCCUAGUCACAACCAAUCAUCGCCGCCCGUUAAUAGUAGCCGGAGCGAUUCAGGAGUCAGCGUUCAAGAUUCCCGUUCUUCAGAAUCUCCACCUAUCGACAACAACGGAGAUUCCGAAGCUGAGGUUAGCGAUGAUGCGGAGACUGAAUCUUCUAGGUCACACGGCGGUUCGGUUUCAGAUUCCUGUCGUGUCGCCGACUUGAUUCGGAGGCUAAGCAACGAAGCGAAGCUUGUCUCAGGGGGUGGACUCUCGACUAUCAGGACGCCGAGACCUUGCAUUUCGUCUUGGUCAUCUUCGGAGAAAACGGUGGUAACACCGAGAAUCCGUGGACGGCAAGCGUUUACCGAUCUGCUUAUGCAGAUGGAACGCGAUCGCCACCGCGAGUUGGAUUCGCUUGUUGAACGCAACGCUGUUUCUAGGUUUACUCAACGUGGCCGCCUCCAGUCAAUGCUAAGGCUAAGGAACCUGAAACGCUGUCAAGCGGUUCAAGAUCAGAACCGAUCUAACUCAAAAUUAACUGGAUUAAACCGUGUCGGAUCUGGUGGCUCUUCAGUUCUGCAUUUAAGGGAGAGAUUCCAUGCUGAUGCAGAUAAGAGGAAGGAUCAUCAUCUUAUGAACAAGAAAACCGUAGAAGAAACUGCUGAUAACAAGACAAUUAAAAACGGCGGUCUUACCCUGGAGGCCUUUUUCAAAGAGAGGUUGAGUCUCCCUAACCCUAAGAUAGAGAAAGCAACGUUACGUAAGGAAGAAGAAGAAACCCUAAAUGUGACAGUUGGAUCAAAAAUGAAUUGCCUUGACUUGCAAGAAACCAUAGAAGAAGUUUUUAGUGACGAAGAUUCUGACAAGAAAGAAGAAGAGAAUAAAACCCCUAGUAGUGCCUGCAUAAAACAAGAAACUCAAACACAAGAUGUGGUGCAUGAGAGUAUGGAGAUAGAUCACUGCCUUGAGCAACAAGAAACGGCUUACUUGAAUGGAUGGGAAGACGAAGAAGAGUACGAAGAUGAGCAAUCUUACUACGGAGAAACCAACAACGACUGGCUCAGCGAAAUAUCUCGGCCGAGAAGUUACUGGGAGGAACUGAGGAAGACGCGGUACCUGGAAGUUAUGAACACUCGGUCUGAGAAAGAGGACAUACGUAGACUCCUUGAGCGAGGAGCGGUAACAGACUUUCUCCAGAGCGGGUUAAGAGAUCAGAUCGAUAGGCUUAUGAUGUCUCGUGUGCAGACACAUUCGAAAAAACAUUCCGAAAAAUGGGAAAUGCAACAAGAAGAAGAGGAAGAACAUAGAAAUGAAAAUGUGGAGGAAACUGAAGAAGAAGAAGAAGAAGAAGAAGAAGAAGAAGAAGAAGAAGAAGAGCAAUUUACCGAAGGUGAAGAGCAAGAUGAUGGAGAUGAUUCGUCUUCUUCGCCCAUCUUUGCAUCGUCUCCUGAAGGAUCAUGGAGUUGUCAAGACACUGAAGUAACUUCCACUCCUGUCUUGUCUGUUCACAAUCCUCCUUCAACUGAAAUGGAGCUGAUAAGCGAUAUGAGAUCACAGAUCCAGCAACUUCAACAAGAAAUGUCGUUACUACGAGACUCUGUCAAAACAUGUUUGAGUGCUAACACGAGCUUGCAACAGUCGGUUCACCGAGAAAACCCAAUGAAACGCAAAUGCUGCGUCUGCGACGAAACGCAGGUCGAGGCGGUUUUGUACAGGUGCGGACAUAUGUGCACGUGCUUGAAAUGUGCCAAUGAACUACACUGGAGUGGAGGGAAAUGCCCGAUUUGCAGAGCUCAGAUUAUGGACGUUGUUCGUGUUUUCUUCGAUACAAGAAACUGAUAUAAAACCCGCAUGUCGAGUUUCACUAACCUAGAACACUUUCUGUUUUUUCUUAUCGCAUGACGUUGUUCCUAAUGCUGUCUCGUAACGUUUCCAAUUAUUGUAUAACGAAAGGAUUUGUCCCGUUUAAUGAAGUUCUC